AUGGAGAAUGCAAGAGGCAAAGAGUGGAGCUGCUCAGAGAAGUCGAAGGAAGAAGAGGAACAAGGGCCUGCUCAACCAAGCACAUCUUCUACAAAAGCCUCAGCGAAGGGGAAAAAACGAGCAAAACCAGUGGGAAAUGACAAGGGUUCCUGUUCAAAGGAAAAUGCACAAGGUAGUGAGAUACCAAAACCCCCUAAAAAGAUACCAAUUCCUCCCCUACCUUCUGAACUGCCACCUGUCAACUUGAUUCAUAGGGACAUUUUGCGGGCCUGGUGCCAACAGCUGAAGCUAAGCAGCAAAGGCCAGAAAUUAGAGGCAUACAAGCGACUCUGUGAACAUGCUUACCCACAGCAAAAGAAUAUUCCUACCUCAGCAAAAGAGGCCAGGAUGAAGACACCAGGUCAAAGAAAAUCAAAGGCAGGCCAGGGGGAACCAUCCCAAAAAAGCUCUAAGAAAAAGCUACCUUCUGAGGUGACUGCCCCGCCUGAGGUGGCCCCUGUACCUGAGGAGCAGUUGUCUGUUCUUGAAGACCCCCCUGUUCUCUAUGAAGAAGUCAGUACUACUGUGGUGACCACAUCUGCCCCUGAAGCAGUGUUGGCUUCCUGGGGUAGAAUUGCAGCCAAUGCUGGGAAUAUGGAGGCCCGGGAGACAGAGUUGCCACGAGUGGCCUAUGGUGACAGGUGGUGUGUGGUCCAUGGGAGAAGUCUUCCUGCAAACACUGACGGUUGGGUUCAACUGCAGUUUCACGCUGGACAAGCCUGGGUACCUGAGAAGAAAGGGAGAGUUAGUGCUCUGUUCUUGCUUCCUGCCUGCACUUUUCCACCCCCGAACCUGGAGGACAAUAUGUUGUGUCCCAAAUGUGUUCACAGGAACAAGGUCUUAAUUAAAAGCCUCCAGUGA